GGCCAUGCCAAAACGAGCCAUGAGUAUGUUAUUGUCCGUCUGUCUCUUCUCUCUUUCCUAUCGUCUGAGGCUCUGACUCACAAUAAAAAAGCCCUUUGGCCAUGAGCUUUCAUCCAUUGGCAUGCUGCCUGUGACCGACCUAGCGACUUAUACCCGGACGUUUUCGGCAGAUAUUAUUAGUUGACAUGCACGCCCUUCGACGUUGUGCACGAGUCUCUCCAGUGUUCUCCCCCUUUCCCGGCCUUGUCUUGUUAGACAGUGGCGAUUCCUCCUGAACGGACGGCAUUAUGCUCCCCCGAUUAUGACAAAAGCCGUCUACUUGCUGUAAUGGCUGACCGUGCUGUCUGUCUCAACUACAAUGCAGAAUUGACUCGAGGCCAUGACCUUGGUUAUGCUUCAACUGACAAGCCUCAUGACCUCAUAGUUAACUUUCUCUGACUCUGCUGCAGCCAUUGCCUUAUCCCCGAGCCACAACCACGCGGUCCUGUCGAAAUUCUCCCCGCCCCCGGAUUUAGACCAAGAUUCGGAGUUUGCCACACGGCGCACUCAUAUCACUCUCGGCCAAUCAAUGGCGAUUAUUCGUCCCAAUGGGUCAAGUCCAGUUAUCAAUCGCUGAAAUUUCCAACAUAUUUUUGUAUCUCAACGGCGGCCAGAAACAGGUCUCUGGAUGCGAAAAUACUUAAGAAACAAUUGCACGAUUGUUCGGAGCUCAGGUCGGACGUAAGCCUCUGCGGCGUAGCGCGGUGCGCUCGAUCUGAUAUGCAUGGAUGUUUUGGAAUCAUCCAGGACCCUUGUUCUAUUUGCAUGAACUUGCACGUGAUUACUCUCUCAAUUCUACUCCCAUCUUGAUACAUCCGUAACGUCUUGGCUUAACCUAUAGUUCAACGUAGUGAAAUGUUCAACCAUGUUCUUUGGGCUUUUGGUAGUUCUUCAGUCCUACAAUUCCCCCUAGAAGGUCGAUAUAUCUUUCGAGAAUUGGACAUCAGCUAAUAUGUCCCUCUUUUCAAACGCGAUACCAAUGGAGGGCUUUUGCCACCUCCCAAUCUGAAAUAUAUGCUUGUUCUCCAGAGCAUGUCGUAUAUGUCAGAGGUCGUAUUUCUUCAUCGUGGUCAAAGCGAUGCAAUACCCUUACGACGCGGUAAAACUGAAAGUAGUUUACCUAACUCCCAGGGCGUCUUGGUGCUUAUAUCAGCGUUAUCAGUGUUAUGGCCAGCACUUGAGCCGGCUCUCGUUGGAGAUAUUGAGAUUGCGGCUGGUGGGCGUCGCCCAAGUACUGAAAGGGACUUUGCCUGAUGGCCGCCGUUUGGGAGGGUUUGAUACGAAACGAUUUAAAAUAAUGGUCACUUGUUGAUACGGAUUGAUUCCGUUUGGCGGUAUGUCAUGUGUAUUGUAAGUGCAGUUAUGACCAACAACUCUGGUAUUGGUCGACCUGAGAAUCAAUCCCACAGGCAGUUUAGUUCAUCACUCAGUUGCCAUCCUCCCAUCUGCCAUCUCCUCGGCUCAGUUGGAGUUGACCCCAUCCUCGAACAUAUCGCGCAUGCGUUGACAGGCAUGCACCGCCUUGAGAGCGGAAGUGGCCCAAGCGAUGAUAUGCUGCUGGGCAGCCUCCAUAGUGCGGUUGCCGACCCAAGGGCAGUACUCCGUUUCGCCCUCUUUGGGAGAACGCCACAUCAGGUUUAUUCGGCGUUUGGCUUGUCAAGGAUGCUUGUUGUGUGCCUCGCCCAUGGAAACUGAUGAUCUACUAGCCUAGAGCUCACGGCUCAUAGUCACUGUCAUCUAGGCUGGAAUCAAUGUUCAUAACCUCAAUGACCGACAAGCAGACAGACUCGUCGUCACUGCCAUCGUCACUGCCAUCGUCGCCGGAGCCCAUGUCCAUGUCCAACGAGCGGACUCCAGGGCUCCCGUCAUUGACAAAUUCAGCAUCCUCUCCACUCUCUUCUGAGCCAGCAUUGACGUCCUGGUCGUAGUUGAUGAGGUCUUGUGGAAACAAGUGACUGUAUAGGUGGAGGAUGUCAGGGUAAUAAGCCUCGGCCUGAGCGCUCAUGAUUGCAAGAUACGGCUGUUGGGUGUAGUCGCCCCAGAGCACAGCAUUGUGGAGAACAGUCGACGAGAACCUCUUCCAGCGGUGUCCAAGGUCUUCGAGUCCUUCAACAGGGUGCCAAAGGUCCAGAAUCGCCGUCAUCAUCCUCGUCGACACUGUCACUAUCACUGUCUCCGUCGUUUUUCUGGAGAGACUCGGUCUCACUUGUCUCGCUGGCCUCAAUCUCAGACGGGGCGUCAUCCAUCGCGACGUUGUUGAUAUCAUUGAGCCAAAAGCCAGGCUCAUGGGGAAGCUUGUCUUUAUCGCAGACUUUGAAGGUCACACCAAGGUACUUGGUCGAGUUGCAGCGGAAAGCUGGACUGUAGACAACCUGAUACGGAUUCUCAGAUUGCGCGCAGAGCAUCAUCUCGAGGUGACUCAGAAUCACUUAAUCAGGUUCGAGGUAAGGUUGUUUAUUCUUGAUUCAGCUCUUGCAGAGACUUUUGAAGUCGGGCAUUUUAGAGAGACUUUUGACAUCGGCGACCUCGAGUGUAAGGAGCUUCUUGAGGAUGGCCUCCUCGUCGUUGCCAGGGGAUCCAUCCUGUAGCUUGUACACCUCGGCCUUCAGGAGUUUGUACUUCAUUCCGAACUUGUUCUCUCUGUGAGUGACGGAUUCAAGAGGAGAUGGAGAUGGUAAUACUUACUGUUUGUUCACUGAGAGGUUGGUGCUGUUGGGUGUGUGCGUUGGGUGUUAGUAAUAGAAACUACUGCGAUAAUAAUGUUCAAUAAUGUUGCGAAUGUGGAA